AUGGGAGUAGAACUUGGAGGACCGGGGGUAGACCACUCUCAUCUCGGCUACCCCCAUCGCCCCAUGAAUCCUGCGCUGGCAACACCGUUGUUUGUCAUAAGCGGAGCAUUUCUUGUUCUAUUCCUUGUGCGCAUGGACAUAAGGUUCAGGCACAGUCGGCGACUACGCGAUAUCCUGCAGACAGAGGACCAAAGCAGAUACUCACAGAUCAAAACCCCCUUCGCCUGGAUGAAGAAACAUGUCCUCUAUGCGCCGUUGUUCUCAACCCGACAUAGUCGCGAAUUCAGGCUUGCGAAUAGGAUUCACAUGGGGACAAUUCCAUUACGACUGGAGGCUAUCUUAUUACUCGGAUAUAUCGCAGUUAAUAUCAUCUUCCUCGUCGGCCUCGUCGACUGGUGGACCGAAUACCAAGAGAAGAUGUAUCAACUCAAAUACGCAGCUGGGCAUUUGGCAGUGAUGAACUCGCCAGCGCUGGUCUUGACAGCUGGCCGAAAUAACCCUCUUAUACCACUUCUGGGAAUCCCUUUUGAUACUUUUAAUCUCCUGCACCGCUGGGUCGGGCGGAUCAUGGUUGCUGGUGCAAUCAUUCAUAUGGGAUGUGUUGUCGGAGCACAGGCCAAGCAGGUCACUAUGGCCGAGAUUACGAAUGAACUUUGGCAUCAGCCCUUCUAUAUAUACGGGAUGGUCGCUCUCAUCGCGUUUGUCACGAUCUUCUUUCAGUCAAUAUCCCCUCUACGACAUGCGUUUUACGAAGCCUUUCUCCACUUCCAUAUCUUCCUGGCAAUCAUGGCAUUCGUUGGCUUGUGGUACCAUCUACAAGGACUGGCACAGCAGCGAGUCCUACUUGCGACCUUGAUUCUCUGGGGUCUAGAUAGACUUGCGAGGUUUGGAAGUAUCAUAUGGAGGAAUUGCGGCAAGCAACGCACCACAGCUACAGUAGAGCUUCUACCUGGAGAUGUCGCUCGCGUCGAGGUUUCUGUGUCACGUCCCUGGAAAUUCAAAGCGGGACAGUAUAUGUACAUGUACAUCCCAUCGCUGGGGCUAUGGACUUCCCACCCCUUUUCGGUCGCGUGGACAUCGUCAGAUCGGACGAUCUCUGGCGAGAAGCGUGACUCCAGUGAUUCUUUUAAUGUCCUGCUUGGAGGGCCGCAGCAGACAACCAUGUCUUUCUUGAUCAAACGGCGAGACGGGUUUACGAACAAGCUCCUACGAAAAGUCCACGGCUCCGAGGAAGGACGGUUCAAGACAACCGCGCUGGCAGAAGGACCAUUUGGAGGCCUUCACUCGCUCGCAUCUUAUGGAACGGUAUUAUUGAUUGCUGGGGGUAUAGGAAUUACCCAUCCACUCUCCUAUCUACAUGAGUUCAUUGACGGCUUUUCGAGCCGCUCAAUCGCAGUUCGCAAAGUCACGCUGGUAUGGGUUGUACGGCAUAUCGAACACAUGGACUGGAUCCAACCCUGGAUGGCAUCGAUUCUCAGCCACCCAGCCGUCCAGGCCCAAAAGGAGCAGAAGCAUAACCCGUACACCCAGUCUCCCGAUUUCUCACUAUCCAUCCAAGUCUACGUCACAUCGAAAGCAUUUACUACGGAUGACUACCUGUCCGACGAGAGUCUCUGGGCCAAAGCACCGGCGUCCAGCGUGCCUGUCAAUAUCCGCUAUGGGAAGCCGUUGUUUCCGGAGGUUCUAGACCUUCAGAUGGCGCAGCAAGUGGGUGCCAUGGCCGUCAGCAUUUGCGGCCCUGGUAGUCUGGGCGACGAUGUGCGAAAGGCUGUUCGGGAGCGACAAGAAGGGCGUACGGUUGACCUUUAUGAAGAUACAUUUUCCUGA